AUGCUUCAACAAAAGUGCAAGCCCAAACCCCUCAACAAAGUAUUUCACUGUUCGCGAAAUCCACCGAGGAUUGGACGUUGUGUUGCUGAAACCAAAAGGCUGACAACAAACAUGUUGAUGGUGAGCACAUCCUCCACCGGUUUUGCAGUGAUCGCAGGUUUGAUUAUCUCAAUUGUCAACGAUGGCGUGGUUCAGGGCGAUGGUCGAGCAGGCGGAGUGCGUUUCGGCUGCAACCUGUUUUCGCUGUGCAAACGCUACAUCGUCCUCUUGGCCUACCACGCAUGGCAUGGGCAGCGCCUGACCUUGGCCCUGUCCUUUUGCUUUGUUAUUCUUGCGAUCCAUUCCUUGGUUCGCUUGCAGCUGGCCAAGCAGAACGACUGA